UUAAACAAUAUUCUGAUAAAAAAAAAAAACAAGAUACAUUUUGUUUAGUUAUUGCAUGCAUGUGGAAAGAUUGGGUGAGGCGCAUUAACUCAUAUUCCGUAUUUCAUCAAUACAACGAAGAUCCGCCUCAGGAAAUUGCAACUCAAUAUGUUAUCAGAUUGAAGGCUAAUAUACGUACAGUAGCCUUAUUUGACAGUCAGCAUUUGAACUAAUGAGACAUGGCUAUGACAUACUCCAAUAAUACGACGUACUCCAACAGUACACCUGAAGACUACUCUGAAUAUAAUCUAAUCCAAGAUUCAGAUUCCCGAUUCCAGCUCUGCAACAACAACAAUGUAAUGGCCUUCAGCCAAGUCAUCCUUCCUUACCUCUACAGCAUUGUCUUCAUUGUGGGAUUUAUUGGCAAUGGCCUGGUGUUGUGUGUCCUUGUCAAGUACCACAACAGGUCAAAUGUGACAGAUGUGUGUCUCUUCAACCUGGCCCUUUCAGACCUCCUCUUCCUGAUCUCAUUGCCUUUCUGGGCUCACUAUGCUGCCAUCUUUGAGUGGACUUUCGGGAGGUUCAUGUGUCGUGCAGUGACAGCGCUCUACAUGCUGGGAUUCUAUGGAAGUAUCUUCUUCAUGAUCCUCAUGACUGUAGACCGCUAUGCCGUCAUUGUCCAUGCCCAUAACUCUCUCUUCUCCAAGCACCGGUCUGUCAGAGCUGGCAUAGCUGUGGCUUUCUUUAUGUGGGCACUUAGCUUGGGAGCUUCUCUGCCAACCAUCAUUUUCUCUAAAGUGAAGAAUGAAUCAGAUGGUAGUACAUGCAAGGUGGAAUAUCCACAAGGGACAGCAUGGGAGUCCUUCUCUUACAUUGAGCUGAACAUCGUCAGCUUGAUUUUUCCUCUCUUGGUGAUGGUGUUGUGCUACUCGCGUAUCAUCCCCGUCUUAAUGGCCAUGAAGUCUCAGAAGAAACACAAAGCUGUCAAGCUCAUCCUUGUCUUGAUAAUUAUUUUCUUCCUCUUCUGGACGCCCUAUAACAUCGUCAUCUUCCUGAAGUUCCUGCACAAAUUGGGCUACAUGAACACCUGUCAGUGGGAACAGGACCUGCACAUGGCUAUGCAGUGGGUGGAAACCAUAGCGUUCAGUCACUGCUGCCUCAACCCCAUAAUCUACGCCUUUGUGGGGCAGAAAUUCAGAAAUUUAGUUCUCAAGAUUCUGAAAGAGUGGUUUCCUGUUUGCUUUGGUCAGUGCACAACAAUCGUCAGUGAGUUCUCAGACAGAAGGAGCUCUAUUUACUCACGCUCCUCAGAGAUAUCCACGACAAAGAUUAUGUAGUCACAGGGUGCUGAUGGCAAUGGGGUUUAAUCAGAGAUAAAGCCAAAAGCUGCAGAUUUGCUCAGCAAUGCACAGCAUUACUGGUGCAACACUUUCGAAUUUUCUAAAAGUAUGUCAU